UGAACAAACUGUAGCGUCAUGAACGAAUCCACAGUGCAACGAGCGAAACCUGAACAUAUGGCAGCUGUUGUGGAUCAAUGGAAGGAAACAGAGAUAAGCAAAUCGAGAAAGAAGUACGAGAAGCUAAGUGAGAAGAUUGUGUCAUGGGAAGAUAAGAAGAGGAAAAAGGCAAAGAGAAAACUUCAUAGAACAGAGAGAAGUGUAGAGAAAACAAAGUUGAAGGCGACCCAGAGGUUCAGGGACGAAAAUGAACGUAUUGAGAUUAUCGUUGCAAGUGCAAGAGCACAUGCGUAUGAGAGUCGAAUAAAAGAAGAGUUGAAGGUUAAGGAGAAAGCAAACCUCAUGAGAACAACUGGUAGGAAACCCUCUACAUGCCUCUGAAUCCUGCAAGUUGCAGGAAAUGUAAAACCAAACAUUCUUUACUGCUGAUAACUAUUGUCGAACAUGUAAAAUGCAGACACAAAUAUAAGGUGUUUUUAUCUAUUUAAGUAUAAGAGAGAUAACACACAUGUGAUCCAUUAU